AUGCAAUCAUUGGCUAUAUAUGCACGAUUAGUUGCACGUGCUGUUAGUGGCACUGAAGCUGAAAACUUUUUAUAUAAUAGUUUAUUACGUUUAUCAACAUCGUCGUCUAUUCAUUAUUCUCAAUCUCCCAAUCGUCCAGCUAUAUCAUCAUCACCGGCAAUAACACGUGCUGUACAUCUAGUCACUGCUACAUCGGGUUAUUCAGGUCAUGAUGAUGAUGAAGAUGAAAAAGGACAUUUAGAAAAGAAAAAGAAUUCACCAAAAAUACAACGAACAAAUCGAUCGAAUGUGUAUGGUGAUGAUGCAUUUUUUAUAGCCAAAAACCGUAUAGGAGAUUUUCUUGGUGUUGCUGAUGGUGUUGGUGGUUGGCGAGAAUAUGGUGUUGAUCCAUCUUUAUUUUCAAGUUCUCUUAUGGAAGCAUGUAAAUCAUUGGUUGAUAAUAAACUUCUUGAUUUAAAUCCUUUAACCUUGAAAGAAUUACUUUCCAAAGGUUAUAAACAAUUAUUAGAAGAUAAGCAAUGUAUUAUUGGUAGUAGUACCGCAUGUAUUAUUGCAUUACAUAAAGAAAAAGGUAUUUUACAUACAGCAAAUUUAGGUGAUAGUGGAUUUGUUGUUAUAAGAAAAAAUACUAUCGUACAUCGAUCACAAGAACAACAACAUUAUUUUAACUCACCAUUCCAGUUAGCUAUUCAUCCGACAAUUAAAGAUCCAAAUUUAAUUGCUGACAGUCCUGAUGUAGCAUCGGUUACGUCAUUUAAUGUUGACGAAAAUGAUUUUAUUGUUAUUGCUACUGAUGGUCUAUGGGAUAAUUUACCAGAUUCAACUAUACUUGAAGAAAUUAAAAAGAUUAAAGAACCAACAUUGGAUAAUUUACAACAAACUGCACAUGCCUUAGCUAAACGAGCAUUGGAAAAUGGACAUGAUCCCAAUUUCUAUUCACCAUUCGCUAAAAGUGCUAGAAGAUCAUUAGGCAUCAAUAUUUGUGGUGGAAAACCUGAUGAUGUCACAGUGUUACUUGCUGUUGUAACAUCUACAGGUUGA